AUGGAUAUCCGUAGGACUCCCGCUGCUCCUGCGGCGCGGACACUCUCAUACAGACAGCAGACUCCUGCAUCUGGGUCUACUUCUCGAUCAAACUCCAACACCUCCGAAGACAACUCACACCGCAAUCGAGGGGGCCUAAGGAUACCAGGCGCCCGUUUUGACGAGCCACCUCCGCCACUACCACCACCACGAUAUAAUGAAGAGCUUGCGCAAGGCAUAGACGUGGCGUGGAGUUGGGGCAACAGCGACCCUUUCAACCCGAACCGGCGCCUCGCGCCCAUCAAGCCGGGCUCGAGCCUCUACGGCGGCUACAUGGGAGCAAGACGGAGUUCCGACCAUACCCGCGAUGUGGACGACAUGGACUUGGACGAUGACUUCGCCCGCCGGGAAAGCACUGUGUCGACCGUGCGAUCGCCCUCACAGGCCACCAUACAACUCCCAGGCCCGCAUGUGCCUCCUAUGAUCCGCAAGCAUUCUUCGCCGACUCCAGCAAACCAAAGAUUACAAGGUGAUAUGCCACUGGCACAGCAGAAUUUCAACCUCUCCUCACACGCGUAUGACCAAAGACUCCUGUCCAAGAUUGGAAAACCCACUUCGCCUCCUCGCCACUCGAGAAGCUCUGGUUCCGCCGAUUCUACAGCCUUUACCCAAAAGUUGUCGCUUCAUACAAAGGACCCCAAUGUCCAAUUACUCUCGGCCAAUGAGCAUCCACCUGCCUCUUUCGACCCGGUUUCUCGAUGGAUCGCCAGUCCUGCUUCUGCAGGCCUGUCGCCCGGCUCAAGACCUGGAUGGCGUGACUACAACACGGACCACCGAAGCCCGUCAAUGGAUAGCGCUGCGACGUCGCUCGUCCUGGAUCCGGAACUUUUUGUGCAGCCUCGUCCCAGCGGUCUGUUGUCCAUAGGCAGCUCGCUCGCUGGCCCUGAUGACCUUGCGAGCAUUGGAAGUCGGUCUCAACGCGGUAGCUAUGAGCAUGGCAUGUUCCCGGACACCGAGUCCGACGUUGCGGGCGAGGAAGGCAGCGGGCUCCGCAAUUUGCAUUUGGGCGGCGAGUCCCAGGACUCUGGGGUGCGACGCGGCUCUUCUAAGCAAGGCAUGAAACGCCGGGCUCGCUCGCCCCCAUCGGAUGUGGCUCGGGACGAAAAGUCCCCGUCACGUGGCAACUCGUGCUCUGACUUGUUCCCAAAAUUCAACCUGCCUACAUCUGCACGCUCCCCAGCAGCCAAAUACCAGCCCAAGCAUGGAUCAGUAUCUUCGACGGCUUCGAGCGCGCGACAAAACUCAUAUGCAUCGUCAAUCUCACUUUCCAUUGCUGGGAGCAGCAUGACCAGCAUCUCCUCUUUUGACAGGCAGUCACCGCUAGAUCCAGCACACCCUGCAUAUAUAACCUCGGCCCAUCCCGUGUUGAGCCCUGCCACGUCAAUCGCCUCGUCGCGACUACUUCCUCAGGUUACACUGGAUACAAAAUCCAUACACAGCACGAUGUCUGGUCAUACUCCUGGAGCUGAAUCACUGCCGCCAAUAGGUAUCCCACCGUUGAAUCGUGUUGGAAACUCCUACAUAUGCGACUGCUGUCCCAAGAAGCCGAAAAAAUUUGAGUCGGAGGAUCAGCUGCGGAACCAUCAGAUGGAGAAACAAUACUCUUGCCAGUAUUGCAACAAUCGCUUCAAGAACAAAAAUGAGGCAGAACGACAUCAGAAUUCUCUUCAUUUGCGCCGUUACUCCUGGUCUUGCGCUGCUAUCCCAAACUACCAGGCCGCCUACCACCCUGUGUCAACACCCACAACCAUAUGCUCAGAAGGCCCUCUGUUCGACGCCUGCGGUUACUGUGGGGAGGAAUUUCCAAACCUUCCGCAGCCUGAUUGGGAUCGUCGACUUGAUCACCUCACCAGCGUACACAAGUUUGGCGAAUGCAACCAUGCAAAGAAAUUCUACCGAGCCGAUCAUUUUCGACAACACCUGAAACACAGCCAUGCAGGACAGAGUGGGAAGUGGACCAACAUGCUAGAGUCUGUUUGUCUUCGCGAAGAGUUGCCCCAAGACGCUGCUGGCAUUUCGCCCACCGGCAGUGAACCUAGCCCGGGCCGAGGUCCUAGCAGUCUUCCUGAUCCGCCCAUGGGGGGUGAAACCAUUAGUGAAUCUCGGAAUGAGACCUGA